GAGGGGUAGAAUGGUAAAAAGCAAAAGAAUAAUAAUAAAAAGAAGGUUAAAAAUUACUUUGGUAUGAUGUGCGCGUCGGAGUUGUUCAACAUCACUAUUCUCCCCUUUCUGGAUCCAACCAAUUUCCGGUAACCGCCGUUCUUCACCAUCUCCGGCAACCACAUCUAACUUUCCUCCAUAAUUUAUUCAAUAAUUAUCCUCUCAAUCUAUCCGAUCAAACCUCUCACUUCAUUCAUACUCAUCGAUCGAGAUCCGAACUCAUUCUGCACUCAUUCGUCAACAAAAACCUCAUUGCUGUUGAUUAUUCUGUGAACAAAUGCGUUUCAACUGUCAACACUAGUGACAUAUUCCGCAUAGUGACAUGAACGGUUUUGUUCUUAGAAGCUCCGCAAAGGGGAGAUGCAGGUCUUAAUACUUACGUCGGUAUCACCUCUUGGGAUGGAAUCUUAUACGUCUUAAAACUUCUAAAACUCCUGCACACAUGGCGUUUAGUGGAAUUAAAGAACUAUUUUCUUCUGUAACAAGUCGGUUUUCAUCUUCCAAAUCAUCCACCAGUCCAUACGCAUCAUCCGGUUUACCGCCACUCGGUGGUUCUCCUCACGGUUACGGUUUUCCUAGUUCCAGGCAAAAGAAUCUUUUACGACUCUCGUCAUCACUUCAAGAUUUCUCUACGUAUCGGCGACUUGAUCCUGAAAACGGCAAUUCUAUACCUGGCGUUGAAACGCAUUCACCGAAUACGAACCAACAUCAUUUCGUUAACGGUGGGACAAGUUUCUCCAAGGAGAAAUCGUCACCGCAAACCGGUGUAAGACGAAAAUGGGUUCGGGUAAUCAUGGUUCUCUUCUGCUUUCUUUUUUUGGCUCUUUUUAUUUAUGGGUUGCUGUUUUUGUAUUCUAAUUGGGCUCACGGAUCGGCCCGGUUUUACGUUGUGCUCGAUUGUGGUAGCACUGGAACGCGUGUUUAUGUUUAUCAAGCGUCGAUAAAUCACAAAAAAACAGACUCACUUCCUAUUUUAUUGAAAUCGAUACCGGAGGAUCUUCAAAGUCUUCAAACCAGACCUAGUUCGCAAAGCGGGCGGGCUUAUAAUCGUAUGGAAACUGAACCUGGAUUCGACAAACUGGUCCGUAACGCGUCUGGUUUAAAGCAUGCGAUAAAACCGCUUCUUAAAUGGGCAGAAAAACAAAUCCCGAAACACGCUCACAAGUCCACUUCAGUUUUUCUUUACGCGACAGGUGGCGUUCGUCGGCUACCGAGUUCCGACUCCGAUUGGCUGUUGAAAUAUGCAUGGUCCAUAAUCAAACAUUCGUCGUUUUUGUGUCGAAAAGAGUGGAUUAAGAUCAUUAGUGGUAUGGAAGAAGCGUAUUAUGGGUGGAUUGCGUUGAAUUAUCACGCUAACGUGCUUGGAUCUAUACCGAAGAAAGAAUCGUUCGGUGCGCUUGAUUUAGGCGGUUCAUCGUUACAGGUGACAUUCGAGAGCGAGGAUUAUGUCAACAACGAGACUAGCUUAAACUUACAAAUCGGUCCGCUUAACCAUCACUUAAGCGCUUAUUCCCUCCCGGGUUACGGUUUAAACGACGCGUUUGACAAAUCAGUCGUUCAUCUUUUAAAGAAGAAUCCGCAACCGAAUUUACUUAAUGGAAAAGCUGUGAUUCGACAUCCGUGCUUGCAGUCUGGAUAUAAAGAGAGAUAUAUAUGUUCCCAGUGUCAAACGUCACAAUCGAACAGACGGAAAGUUUUGGGUAAAGUCGGAAAAUCGGGAAUUCCCAUUCAGCUAAUCGGUGAACCGAAAUGGGAGGAAUGCAGUGCGUUAGCGAAGAUCACGGUCAAUAUAUCCGAAUGGUCAACUCAAAGUCAAGGAAUCGAUUGUGACUUACACCCGUGCGCGCUUCAAAAAAACUUCCCGCGUCCGCAAGGACAAUUCUACGCGAUGUCGGGAUUUUACGUUGUGUAUAGGUUCUUCAACUUGAGUUCGGAUGCUGCCCUUGACGAUGUUCUAGAAAAAGGUCGUGAAUUUUGUGAAAAAACAUGGGAUUCUGCUAAGACGAGUGUGCCACCUCAGCCUUUUAUCGAGCAAUACUGCUUCAGGGCGCCGUAUAUCGUUUUACUAUUACGAGAAGGCUUGCACAUAACGGACCGUCAAAUGACUAUUGGUUCGGGAGGUAUUACUUGGACAGCGGGUGUUGCGUUAUUGGAAGCUGGGAAAGCGAUAUCGACACGUGCAGGCCUGCAUAGCUACAGAUUGUUACAAAUGAAGAUAAACCCGCUUAUCGUUUCUGUGAUAUUGGUUGUUUCUUUGUUUCUUGUGGUUUGUGCGUUAUCAUGUGCGGGUAAUUGUGGGCCCCGAUUCUUCCGUAGGUUGUAUCUGCCGUUUUUCAGACACAACAACGCCUCGGGGACUUCUGUUCUUAAUUUCCGGCGAUGGAGUCCUAUUAUUUCAGGGGAAGGAAGAGUUAAGAUGCCUUUGAGCCCGGUGGCAAGUGCGCAAAACCGGGCCUUUGGUUCGGAUAUCCAGCUGGCGGAAUCUUCACUAUACCCGUCAUCUAGCAGUGUUGCACAUAGUUUUUCCUCAAGUAGUCUGGGUCAGUCCCAAUUCGAUAGUAGCAGUAACAUGGGUGCGUUUUACUCUGGCCCUCACCGGGGUCAAAUGCGUCUUCAAAGCAGACGAUCACAAUCUCGAGAAGACCUUAAUUCCUCGGUUGCCGAUGCACAUUUGGUCAAGGUUUGACUUUUUCGUCAAGUAUACCAGCAUAUUGCUCACAAUAAACUCGAUUUUCAUGGGGACUUUGUUUCUAUAUGCAAAGUCUUUUUGGACCCGAAGCGAGUCAACUGAAAGUUGUGAUGGAUACCUUGUAAAUACCUUAACUUGUUGAUCUUGACGGGUUUGACCAAGUGGUUGUUGAAGCUGAGGCCUGUUUUGUACAAUCGAUUUGCCAUCGUUGAUUAGGAGAGAUUGAUGUUCGGGUCAUGAUCUGUUGAAUCAUUUUAAACAAUUAGCAACUGAAUUGAAAAAUUAUGAUAGGUUUUGCAUCGACACGCAUAGCAGACUGUACUAUUUAAGAUAGGUUCAGGGUUUAUGGUUUAGGAUUACAUUGCGAUCUAUAAGGAAUACAGAAUGAGUGCAAAGCAAAUGUGCAAUUACGCGUUGACCCAAAAACUCGGUUACAACAAAAUGAGCUAAAGCAAGUCGUCAUUCUUGUUUGGCGGUGUAGCUAAUUUGAACAGUAAUCAGUUUAUUACAACACAAACUGGCAGCAAGUAUGGCAGAUCUCA